AUGUUUGGAAGAAAAAAGAAACCCUCUCAGGAAAAAGAAGGACGAAAGAAAAACGAUCUUUCCAAUUUGGUAAUAUACCUUUCUCUUAUUGAGUGACAAAAUAAUGCGAUCAAUUUAUGUAAAUGUCGCACUGAAUUUUGAACAUAUAAUUUUAACCUUGACAUAAGCUUAAAUUUGUUCCUUGUUUAACUUGUAAAUGAAAAUUAGACGAAGCUCAUGAAACAAAUUUUGAAAAAUUUAUCCUUGUUUGAUCUUGUACAACUGCAUUCGAAGAUGUGGUUUUAAAUUCAUGUCAUUUGUUUGUUUGGUAUAGGAAUGUUUUAAUAUUAUUAUCUGACAUUUGUUGUAACUUCAGCUUGGGCUUGAUAUCAGCCCAGAAGACAUGGCUGAUUUCGGUAUUGGUGGUAUAGGAAUUGAUGGUGAUGAUGACGAUGAUGAGGAUGAUGAAAGCCUGGAAGCUGAGCUGGCAGCCCUGCAAGGAGAAUCACAACCAAGAGCAAAAAAGAAACGUAUGUUUGGGCCCAGGAAUUGUAAAAAAUUGACUGCGACAUAUAUAUACCAGUUUAUAAAUGACAGUGUUUAAAGCUAAAAAGCUUAUGGGGUUGUUUCCUUUUCAGGGCAUUACCAAGUCUCUAGCCUGGGACUAGGCUCCAUAGUCGGGGAAAAGGCCAAAAACAGGGUGAAAACAAAAAACAAAAAAAUGGGCGAGCAAAGCAAGCCGAGGAGUGGACUGGAGAGGGGGGAAGGGCGACAGAGCCUGGAAACAUGCCUCUGGUGCUGCCAUUCCAUGAAAGCAGCUCGAUCUGAUUGGUCAAAUGUCUAAUGUUGACAGAUUUGCGAUACUGUCAACAGUAUUCGGGAAAGCUUGUUUUCAAACAGUAAACACGAAUUUUGAGCAACCAAUACUAAUUUCUUUGUGAGACUUCUUGCAUAUCCCUUGGCUCCAAGAAGAGCAAAAAAUAUGUGGUCUGUUGCAAAAAGAAAAAGAAGCUUAUGAUAUAUUGAGGUUGUUUUAUACUCUCCUGUGAUAAACUACAGUCACAUUUACAAGGUGAUUGAGUUAUAAACCAACAUUCAAAAGGCACAACAUUAUAAUCAUGUUCCCACCAAAGGCAUGCUAAACACCAAAAAGUAGUGGAUACAUGUAAAGAAUGCAUGUUACGUACAGCCAAACCUUGUGCUCUGAGAUUGCAUAAACUACAACUGUGCAAAGAUAACAGCGGUUAUGGAAAAUGAUUACUUUUACACAAUUCUGAGCAGACAUAUCUUAUAAAACGGACAGCAAAUUCAACAGAAAUGUGAGUAGUCUGUCGUAUAAGAUGCUUAACUUACACAUUUUUCCUCCGCUAAGAUAAACUGUACUGAUCCAUAUUGUCUGGUACAUAAUAACUUGCAAUCAGGUUGUCCUUCUUCCCUUUUGUUUGGAAGACGAAAGGAAAAGCACGCCCGAUACAUUUACUCUACGAGUCAUCUGGCGGUAGUCCAGAGUCUGGACUUUUGUCUGAUUGGUCGAAAAAUAAAAGAACCUUUGGAGCCCCACACUGAUUUUUUGCAAGCAGCAUAUCUGAUUUCCAGUGCAAUUAGUCUAUCUCUUCAUGACAGAAAUCAUGAGAUGAUCAAAGAAUUCAUUUAGCAGCAAGCUUUAGGGAUAUCUUUGGGGAUCUAUUUGGCUUUUCAUCACCAGUCAAACACGGCGCAUUUUCCUCUGAAAUGUCUUUACUACAAUCUAUUUUAUGUGGGCACAUUAAAAUAUGUUUUUACAAAAGUGACAUAUACACUCAUGCUGCAUUUCGCAGCAAUAAAAGUAAAGAAACAUCUGUGAUGAGAACUUGAUGUGUUGACGUUUCAAUGUCAGGUUAAUUGCUGGAGGGUGGAUCUGUGGACCAUCAAAGGCAUGUCUCCAGGCUCCUCCACCAUUACUCUUUUCCAGAUUCCUGCUCACCAUCUGAUUUUUCUUUUUGGUCUUUUUAGCCUACUGCAGAACUUGGUCCCAGGCUACAAACUGACCAAAAGUGAUCAUAAAAGAACUUUAAAUUACUCAAUAAUAUCUUAUAAUAAUAUUAUUACCAAUGAAACUGAAAAAGAUAUUAAAAUAAAUGGAGAAUGGAAUCAAUCAGUUAUCGGGUGGACACUCUACCCACUGAGCUAUAGGUACCACAUAUGGUGAACAGGUCACUUGGACACUUGACUUUGCAUUUUGCAAGUACAGUGGAGACUUACCAAAGCCAAGCACUAUAUCACGCACAUCAUGCAAGCACAUUGGUAGGUAGUUUGCAUGCUAUAAUAAUUUAUUGAUAAUAAUUAAAAUUUAUGACAUGCCUUUUCCUUGCAAAUUUGAUCAAAAGUGUGUUACAAUGCUUUAAAUGUUAAAAGCAAAAUAAAAGCUCAAAUGUAUUGAAUAAUUAAAACUAAAAGAAAGUAAAUAACGCUUAAAAUACAGUACAUAUCAAAAGCAAGUCUAAAAAGACGCAUUUUAAGUAAGGAUUUUUUUAAAAAACAUUCAAAAGUUUGAAAGAGUAGAUGGUAAACACCAGUGGCCUCGAGUACGAACCAUGUGGAAUAUCAUUAUAAGGAAGCCUAAGACUAUCAGAUAUGCAGCCAUUUAGAGGGAGUUGUUGCGACCUGUUUUUAAGAUAAGACGUAAACCAGUUCAGGGCAGUUGCAUUUAUAAUAAUACAACUUGUACCGAUACUUGACAUAAGUCGAGCAAGCAGGAUAUUUUGGUCAACAGAGCCGUAUACUACAUCUAAGUGCUUGCAUGUGAUAUUAAUAGUCAUUCUGGACCUUCAGUAGCGCUGUUUCUGUACUAUGAACCUUUUCAUAAGCAGAUUGUAAUAAUAAUACUAAUAAUAAUGGGUCUUUAUUUCACACAAAAUAAAGAUACAUAUAUACUAUGUUACAACUGUUUAUGAAUACCAUAAAACAUAACAAAAUAAAUAAACUAAUCAUAGAAUCCUAACUAUCCUUUACUAAGGUUGUGUUUAAAUAUUAGUCUACUUACAAAAGCAGACAUGAAAUGCUCAGUAUUAAUUUUAGGAUGGGAACAUUGUUUUUUUAUGGAGAUUAUAAGUCAGAACAAACUUUCUUUGAAGGAAUAUAUAGAGCUAGCGGGUGAUUAUUUAUAGACUGAAGUUACUUUCUCAAAAAUUUUACAGUCUUGCUUCUUUAAUAGAUCCUUAGUUGAAACAGGGUGAGAAAUAAAACAGUGUUUAUGAUAUCUAUCUAAAAGUAGUAAUACGAGACUUUCCCGAAGACGGAGUAAUCUUCAGAGUGUUUUAUAGAGACCUUGCUUUGUUACAUCUUUGUAUUUUGUUAUUACCAUUUAUUGUUUUGUUGCAAAAUAAACAUACUACUCUUGCUGAAGAUGGUGAAAAUUUAAUAAGUGCCCAGCCUCGAAUAAACGCCCACUCUCAAGGUCCAAAAUUUUAAUAAGCACCCAAGGUGGUUAAUUGAAUGAAUACGGCAAUAGAUAAAUAUUAGUAGACACACGAUUUAGGCUUGAAGCAGCAUAAAAGUAACCUGUAUAAAGUCACCAUAAUAUUGAUAUUAAGUUACAAGUUAAGAUCUUAUAUCAAACCUCAUGGUUUAGAACUUAUUAAAAAUUGUCUAGACGAGAUUGUUGACAGUGAAAUAUGAUAAUGAUAGUGCAAAUUGCCUUUUCUGUUUCUUCAUGCCUGCAGUUUCUAAGAAAUUCUGCAGAAAAAGAUGUUUAUUAUGAUGUUAUUGUAAAAAACGGUUGACAACAUAACUCGCCUGCGGCUUGUGAUUCCAUUCGAGUUUGAACAAUGUUUCAAAGUAAUUUCUGUGAUACAAAAUAAUCAGAGUGUACAGUCAAUGGAAAAUUGAUGCCAGGCUAGAGUAAUGCACUGGUGACCUGUCAAUAAAUAGAUAGCACCAACUUGAGAAUUGUAGACCCCUUGGCCUUUAAGCAACUAUUAAACAUAAUGGAAACAUAGCCACAUUUGUUGUAAUAGGAUCAGGAGGGAGACAUGCAGCUGAUCUUGAUGAUGAUGAUGAUGAUGAUGAUGAUGAUGAAGACCUUGAAAACAACACUGAACUUUUGGUAAGGUUCUUACAAAAUGUUAUUAGUGCUGGAUGGCCUUGGAUGGUAUUUAACUUUUUGAUUUGUGUCUUGUUAAGAGUUUUAUAUUACAUGUUUUGUUCCAUUUCAGUAAAUUGUUAAACCGUAAACACUAAAAGAAAGCACACCUAGUUGUAAAGAAUGUAAAGAAAUAGUUGAGUACUGUUAUCUCAUACAUGUUCAUGGACAAAAGAACUCUCCGAGUGUGCUUGUAAUACAAGUAACUUGAAUGUUGCCUUUAGGUUACAGUUUUAAGCAAAAAGACAACAACUAUGUAACCCCAGAAAAGGGGGGCUGACAGGGGCUAUGCCUUGCCCAAUUUUUGAUUAACAUUAUUGACAUCGCUGUAUCUUUACAGGCUGAGCUGCAGUGCAUUGCGCCUGGGGAAGAUGGCUCUGAACGGCAGGAUCCAACACCAGUCUUAUUGCCAACUCCUAGCAGCAACACUCAACAGGUUUUUUAAUACAAAAAAUACAAAAACAUAUUUUUUUAACUGUUUUUUUGUAUUUUGUUUCACUAAAAACAUCAGUGUCAUGGUAAUAAAGGAAGGGGAAGUACUAAGCACUGUGGGAUACAAUGUCCUUUUAUUUUUUUUCUUUCAUUUUUCUUUACAUUUUUUUUUUGUUCAGGAGACCAAAGAGAGUUCAUCUGACUUAAACAUAUUACUAGAAAGGGAGAAAAUGUAUAAGCAGGCUAUUGAAAAUGCAAACAAGGCUGGUGAGGGAAGUAAGGCGAGAAGAUAUGGCCGAGGACUCAAGGUGCAGUACGCAAGAAUUCCUUACAUUAUUUAAACCCCAAACCUGGGUUAAUGAAUUUUUACAAGAGAAGAAUUAACUUUUAUCUUCUUCUUACCUUCACCGUCACCUAUCCUCUUCAUGCCACUUGGAACAUAAGGCAUCCAUGCCCAGAGUGUUUCUACAUUUCUCGGAUACAGUGUAUAGCUGCUAUGGUUGUCACUUAAUCCAAUGAUUGCCACCUUACUUCCUUUCUUCCUUUUUCAACUGUGUGCCUCCGGGUGGUCUUUGGUCUUCCUCUUCCUCUUUUUCCUUCUGGUGCCUAUGUCACUGCAAAUUUGUGGGCCCUGUUUUGGUUCAUAGUACAAUCAUGUAUAUGUCUGAUCAUCUUUCAUCUUCGCUUCUUCCCCUAUCUGCUCUUUUUGGUAGCUCUUCAGUGCUGACACGGUCCUGUCACUGGACCAUGCAGGUAUUCUUUCAUCUUCUGCCCUGCCAUCAUCACCUUUUAUUUGUUUUCCAUGUUUCACACCCAUACAGCAAGACUGGGGCUACCAGUGUUUUGUACAGCUUCAGGUUCGUUCUUCUUGAGGUGUUUUUGGAGCACCAGAUCCUCUUUAAUGUAGAAAAUGCACCCCUAGUUGUAAGAGUCUGUUUUUCAGGUCUUUUAUACCACCUCUCUCCUAUCUCCCAAAUCAGUGAACUCACUUACUUCUUCUAUUCCUUGUCCAGCUACAAAAAUCAUUUCCUGGUUCUUUGCAUUAAUUGUCAUUAACUUUUGUCUUUGCCAUGUUGAUUGUGAAUCCCACUUGUCUGGCUUUUAUCUUUAUCCACUCUUGCUGUUUCAUUUACAUCUUGAAUCUGCUGUUUGGUACUACAUCAUGUGCAAAGUCUAGGUUGUCUAGUUUAGAUGUGAAUUUCAGUUUUCCACCUGCUACCAUUCUCGCCAUGACAAAGUCCUCUUCAGCUUAGCUGAUUAAAAAAGAAAUUCAAUUGAACUAGAGGUUAAAAAAUUGUAAGUAUAAUGCUGUGAGCAGAUGCUGACAAAGUAAAACAUCAUUAAGCAUAGCAACAAUAAACUGACAUACAUCUAAACAUUUUGAUAAAUGUUACAGACCUUGUUAUUUGGUCAAUUAGUAAUUUAAUAUUAUCCUACUUUUUGAUUGGCUAUCCAAGCAGAAGAGAUUGGUCUGUCCUGCCUGCUCUGAAUCUCCUGCUUUGUCCAGCAAGAAAAGAUUUUGUUUUGGCUACAAUGUAAAUCCUUUAUCUAGCAAGCUUGUUUGGUCGAGAUCUCUGGAUAUUGGCAAGUGCUUUUUGCAUUAUUUUUCAUUGACCUUAACUUUGUCUCGGUCUGUAAAGGGCAAAAAAGAAAUUGACCAAUACAGACAAUACACAGACCAACAACCUUGACGUGAAUCUUGGUCAGUAAUAACACAGCGUUUAUAAGUAGUUAUUAGUGUUUUUGUUUCCUGUUUUAUUUUGUUUGAUUAGUUUCUCUGCCCUGAUUACAAAAUAAUUUAAAAGCCCACAUUGAUAUUUUGUCAACGCACCUCUCUGCAGCUGUAGAUUUUCAUUUAUACCUUGUUCUGUAGGAAAUAGAACAGAUGAUAAAACAGGCCAGAGCUGGAAAAGCUGUUGACAUAGAUGCUCUUCCUCCACCAGUCCUCACUGCAACUGCAGUAAAGCCAUCAGUUUCUGACUCCUCUCAACAAGCUCAGACUGUACCGGUAAAGGAGGAAUUGGGUUCAACCAACAAGCCUGCUAAACCCCCGGGGGAGAGGGUAAUAUACUUGGUAAUGUACAAACAAAUCCUAAGGAAAGUUUUUUUGUUUGGUUGAUAGUUGGCAGAUUUAAGAGAUGUUACAUUGAGCCUACAUUACUGUUUUACAUGCAUUGUUUUGAUGUCCUGUGAAUUUGGUUCUAUGCUGGUAGUCUGAAAACAGUUCACAGUACUUAGAUUUUUUAAAUAGACAAGGUUUGGGAGUUUAUAUACCAUUGGUUAAGUAAGCAUAAAUUAAAGGUCCUUUUGUUAUAAAUGUUGCCAUGUUCCCACCAGUUGCACAGCUCCACCAUUCAACUUAUAAGACUCACACAGCUCACUCCCUGGAUUUGCUCAGACAAGGGCUGGCUAUAAGAUCAGAUUAUUUUGAAUUGAUUAUUUAUACAUUUCACUCACCCACCUAUAUGGCAACACAGUUUCUUUUGAAUGUAAACCAUUUAUUUAUUUAUUUAUAAGAACUUUUUUUGCCUCUUAGGAACUAGUGAUCAGCAAUCUCAGGAAGCCAAGGUAUUUAAAAUGUUGCACCCUUCCUUCAGUCCUUCUCAUGAACAUGACAUUCUUAAACAUAUGAUUCUCAGUAUUAAGACAACAUUUUUGUGUAUAUUGGAGGGUGCUGCUGUUGUUCUGUUCAGCUCUGCUUUAACUUAUAUUUUAAAUUCUUGGGGUAAAAGUCCUUUUUUCUUGAUGUCCUUUCACUGUCAGCUUUCUGCAGCUGAGAAGAGUAAAACCUUGGAGCUUUUUACAACGAGACGAAAUGAAUACAGAAUAGCCGCAUUGACUUGCAAGAAACAUGGAGACAUCCAGCAGGCAAAACAGUUUUUGGCAGUUUCAAAGGUGAAAGAGUGAACAAUUACCCUUUUCUUGAAUAGUUAUUGUGAGUUUUUCUUGCAUUCCUUGUAGUCCUUAUUACACAUUUGUGUGAUUAAAAAUGUGUAAAACUGAAUUAAAAAGGGCAUUUUUUUUACAUUUAAUCGUUUUUUGUGUUACAUUUAUUUGUAGAAAAUAGAUUCAGCCAUUGAAAUGCUAGGAAGAGAUGAGGCAGUGGACAGUUCACAGCUUCCACCAGUGCCAUCUGUUCCCAGGACAAGUGAAAUCUCAGGUAUCUUGAAAGUUAUAAAUCUAGCAUAGUUUAGAAGAAAAAAGCCUUAAAUUUAGCCAGACAGGGUUCUUUUUUGUGUUACCUGCUGUAAUUCUUCCUCUCAAGUAAGCACACAUCUUUUUGCAUAAGUAUUCAGGACAUGAAGCAUCAUAAUUUCUGUUUACUUUUAAAGGUGAGACUUCAAUUCCCACAAAACAGGCCAUCCCCCACCAGCUGAUGGACAGUCAUCUACAGCAAGCAAAGCUCAGUCUGCAGGAGGGCCUCCACCUCCUCCAAAGGAUGUCAUGGAAGCUCUGCAGCAGAGGUUGGACAAAUAUCAGAGUGCAACUGACCAGGCAAAGAAAGAAGGAAAUUCCAGCAAGGCUCGCAGGAUGGCACGCAUUGUUAAGGUCAGAAGAAUAAUCGGAAUUGCAAAAUUUUACAAAAAAACAACCUUUAUUACAAACAAAAUAGGAAAUUAAAUGCAUGGGGUUUUCUGUACAUUGAGUUGUCUCUCUAAAAUAAUUAGUUGUUUCCAUUUUGCAGUUUUUUCUAUAUCUUCAUUUCUGUUAUCAUGAGAAACUGUAUAAUUUGUAUGAAUUUUACAUGUAUGUUUUUUGCUCAAUUUUCCUUAUCACACAACAAUCAUUGCUUAAUUCUGUUCUAGAACAUCAAAGUUUUAACACUGAAUGUUCACUUUUUCUAGCUUUUUUUCUAUUUCGUUGUUAUUUGAUAUUCUCUCCUUUUAUAAAAAAUUAUAGCAAUAUCAAGAUGCCAUUAAAAACCAUAAAGCAGGAAAACCAGUGGCAUUUGAAGAACUACCAACACCUCCAGGAUACGCACCAAUCCCGGGCGUUGCUGCUUCUGAUGAUACAUCUGAGGACACCCCUCCUGCUUCUCAGGCAAGAUAUAAUGCCCAUACUAUUGAGUUUAUUACCUUGUGUUUUGCAACGAACGUUGUCCAGAAUUCUUCUCUAAUACUGAUUUGUUUAGCGGAAGUACAAAGCUUAAGUUCAAGUUUGCAUUAUUGGCAUUUUUUCAGUAAAACAAAGGAGAUUAUAGCGUGGUUGUGGCAUUCUUUUUUUGUUACUUACAGAAACAAAUCCUAAGUUAUUGAACUUCUGUGACUUCUGUUGUACAAGAGGCUCAAGGGGGACGUGACUAACUUUUGUAAAGAAGGCUCUGAAUAAUCUUAUUUCAGUAAACUUUACUCUUUAUUGAAUUCGCCAAGGUGACUCAACACGGUAACAGCGGAUGAAACAGGACUUACGUGCCAAUUGUUAUCAAGCCCUUCAUUACCCAACCAGCCCAUGAAAGGCUGUACCACACCGCGGGGGUCUACGCCCCCUACUCUUUACGAACAGCAGUCUGGGUUCUUUUAUGCCCCACAAGAAUCAGAACAGUGAAAGAGCUGUGAGACGGAGCCUACGGUUUCUCGUCCUUAUCCAAGAAGACUGGAAUGUCUAACCGUUUGUAGUUGUCACAACAAAGACAGCACAUUCUCCUCAGUUAUUUUAAGACCCUGAAUGUUGGUCUUGUUGGGAUUUGAUCCACCGACUCGGUCGCAGGCGCACGGCCACUCCCUUCGCAACAAAGACAGACCAUCCCUUAUAAGUUACAAAACUGAACGCUUUAAACGAAGCUUUUUUCCGGCGAUGUGUCUUUAUGCUCAUGGCAUGUAAUUUAGCUACUUAUGGGAAUUUAAUGUAUAACUUGAUAUAUAUUUCUAGAUUCUAGUUUUUUUAUCUAAUUUAUUGUAUUAUAUCUUCUUAUAAUUGUAAGGCCCAAUCCAUUUUGAACACGAUGUAAUUAGUUUAAAUAAUUUUUUUUAUUAUUAAUAUCUAUAUCUUUGUAAAAUAAUUUCGUAAUUCGCUUAUUUCUAAGCGCGACGAUUUUAUUAAUAAACCAGACUUAGAUUUAGAACAGCUGUUUAAAAUGAAAAAUGCAUGAAGGAUGCAUUGCAGGGAGAUGCGAGAAUACUGUGUGUCGGUUCCUGAACUUAUGUCACAUGAUGUCAUGAUUAGCAGAAUGCUCUGAGCAGAAUAGGUGUACCAGUAAACAAAAUGACGCCUUGACUGUGCUCUGAUCUGUUGUAAAGCACGCACCAAGCAGCUAGUGCGCGAAAGACGUGUAGAGAGAAGUAUGAUCGAGACGUAGUCGAGUGUCCCCCCUACGUGCAAGGCUUCUAUUUUUAUUUUAUGAUAAAGAAUCAGUUUCCUUCUAAUUUUCAAAACAGUGUUUACCUCCCUGUUUUAUACUCUCAUAAAGCUCGCUUUUUCAGCCAAUCAGAGUGCACGUUAUAUCUGAACUUACAGCGACGCUAUGAUAUGGAAUAACUUGCCCAAAAGCUCAAAAAAUGCUGCAUCCGUUGAGCAUUUUAAGCGAAAUAUCAAGAAGGUAGCUGAUAUAUCGGAUUCCCAGGCGGCAAUCAUGUAAAUCAGUUGUAAUUAGUUUUAGUUUUUAAGUUAAGCUUAACUGAUGAUUUCCCGUGUUUAAAUAAAGAUUUACAUACAUACAUACAACUAAACAAAAAAAUCCAAAACCAAUCGUAUUGUGGGCUUGGCUUCCUGCAUCAUAUCAAUAACAAUGAUUAAAUAAAAGAAGUUAACUCUGGUCAGGUUUUUUUUUGGGGGGGGGGGGGGGGGGUCCAGUUCGAUAUAACGUGGUCAGUGAUUGGUUGAAAAAGCGAGCUUUAUAAGAGUAUAAAACAGGGAGGUUUUAGAAAUUAGAAAGCAACGGAUUCUUUAUCGUCUCGUAUUUCCCCCUAUACUUCUUUCGCGCUCUAACUACUUCGUGAGGCAUAGGUAAACACACUAAGUGUUACUUACUCUAGAUUAAAUUAACCUUAAUACAGUAACCCUUUUACUCAACUGCUUGGACAGUCAGGUCUACCAUGCUGAAAAACAUUGGAUCCAACAUUUGUUAUGCAAUGUGUGAAUUCAAACAGAUCCCGAAUAUGAAUGUUGGUAUUUGAACUUUCAAGUACGUGUAUGUACAAUGAAAUAAUUUCUACCAAGUCUUACAUCCAACUGUUUUGUGUUUGGACAGUUUUCUGAACCACCUCAAGCACCUGUUAGUCCUCCUACUGGUGUUGUGGCAGCCGCUGCUCCUGCUGCUGCUGCUGCUGCUUCUGUGAGUACUGCACGUCAACCCGCCUUUCAAGCUGUAUCAUCCAUGAGGAAAUCUCCUGGCCGUAAUGAACAGCAGCUCAAUUAUCUGCUGGAGAGACAAAAGGAAUUCAAGCAGGCAGCUUUGAAGUCAAAACAGCAAGGGGAUCUGGAAGGUGCUAAGAACUAUCUACGGAUGAGCAAGGUCAGUUAGUUUACGCUUGUAUUGCAAGCACUUUCUCAAACAUGUGAAGAAAGUUUUUCAAUAGUUACAAGGCCUGAAUAAGUUUAAAAGAAAACUUUCCUUGGUACAAUGUUAGCUGAAUCAGUUUGAUUAUAUGUCAGGGAAUAAAGCUUUCAUAUACGUCAUUCUAGACACAUGCAGUAGUCGUUCGUAUCAAUUUCAGACACCUAACUAGAAAUUUUCAUGUAACAUACAUGUAGUCUUUGUUUUUCAGGGUCUUGAUCGGAUGAUCUUGAAUGCACAGAAUGGACUAAGAGUCGACUUAGGAUCGGUAAUGAAUCAAAUGUUCGUUUUUGAAUUUUUAUGAUAUUCUGCAUCACGGCCUUGCCUGUUGUUUUUAUCGUCAGGCAUUCAUGCGGUACUAUUUCGUUUCAUGUUUUCUUAUUUUGUUUUUCCUUCAUAAGGUGCCUCCAUCACCUUUUGUAGCUGCUAGACCUGCACCAAAAAGUGAGCUCAGUUUUGAGAUGGUGGAAGCACAAGACUGUGAUCCAACCCCACAGACCCCUGAAGAAAUCUCAGAACUUUUUUCUCGUCUAGAGGAUGCCCUUAUUAAACAAAUCGAGGUGAAUUCUGGAGCAUUGACUGUAGAGUAAAUUUUAUCGGCGGUUCAUCAUAAGAAAUAGAAAAAAAGAUGUUCUUCAACACCAACAAUUUGUUGAAAGUUUAGUAGAGUUUCGGAACCCAUCCGGAUGCCUUGCUUUAUCUGUUAUUUGCUGGUUUUAGUAAACAACGUGUGAAAAUGAACUCACUCAUUUAGUACGUCAUACUGUUGAGAAUUGAUGUCCAUGCCUAACAAAGGCUUGUAAAUUAUACCAUUGGUCCUCAUUUUGAAGCAAAGGUAAAUUUUUAAUGUAUUACGUAUGGAUUUGAUUUAUGUCAGAAGUCUUUGAAUUCACAGAUGUGUGCAAGAAAUGCUGAACACUACCGAAAACUAGGAGAUAUAACCAACACUAAAAAGUAAGUCAAGAUUUUUCAGGUUGUUUCCUCUAGAUCCACUGUUUAGUUAAACGCAGAGUGUCUUAGUGACUUAAGAUUGGUUCGAUGGCAAUUAAGAUCCAAGUCAGGGCUUCUUGUUUUUUUGUUAAAUGUUUUUGUUUGUUUGUUUUUCUGUUUCCAUCCACUUUGUCCCUCUCUCUACUGUGCACCCUAGUGCACUGUAAUUUUCAGGGAGUUAUAAUAACUCCUCUAGUGGGGCUAAUUUAACUCCUUACAGUGGAGUUAUUUUUCGUGGAGUUAUUUUAACUCCAAAAAGGAGUUUUAAGAACUCUUUUUCAGGAGUAAAAGUGACCCCAGAUAUUGAGGAGUUAAAAUAACCCCAAAAAAGGAGUUAUCCUGUACCUAAAAUUUUAACUCCACUUUCAGAGUUAAAUUAACUCCAAAAAGAGUAAAAACAACCCCUGUAAGGAGUACAAGUAACCCCAUUUCGGAGUAAUUUUAACUCCAAGACUGGGAGUAAAAAGAACUCUUUUUCAGGAGUAAAAAUGACCCCAAAUUCGGAGUUAAAUUAGGAGUUAAAAUAACCCCAAAAAAGGGGUUAUCCUGUACCUAAAAUUUUUACUCCAUUUUUGGAGUUAUAAUAACUCCCUAAAAAUUACGGUGUGUUAAUUAUUUGCUAUAUAAACCACAAGGGAAACUUGGCAGACUGCGGUAGGUGAUUCACGGUGGUGAAUACUGCUGUUGAGGUUGAGUGUGGGACUGAUGGUGGUCAUGAUGAUGAUGGUGAUUAUAGUAGUUACAGUGUAUAACAGAAUACUAAUUUAUUGCCUGAGGCUCGGUAAAUAUUCGCAAUUGGUUGAAUGACUGUUACUUAAAAGCAAGUAUAUUAAUUCUGAGUUGAACAACAGAGAUAAAGUAUAAACUCAAGCUUCUAAGUUUAAUCCAAAGACCUCCCUGUGCGACUUUUUUCAAUUAUUUUUCGAAGCUUUGAAACCAUGUCAAAGAAUUUACGUCUGGACCAUGAUGCUGUUCAGAGUGCAAGGAAACACAAGGAUCCUCCACCAAGAUUUCAUUAUGAAGAUCGGUCAUUCACCAUUGUUGAGUGAGUAAUAGAUAUACUUGUUUCCCAUAACGGGGCGAAAGUUCAUGUAAUACUUUCUGCACAAAAUAACAAUGUGAACAUUGGUUUCUUUAUUUUAUAGUUCCUUUCCGGAUCUAAGUGACUCGGAGGUGGAAAUUAACAUUGUGAGAGGGCUCAAUAUCCCCCUGCCUUCUGGUAGGCCAUGAUAUUUGUCAUUCUGUGUGAUAAUAUGUGUAUUUCUUUGAGUUUUUUGCCUUGUGUCUUGUAUAAGUUGAGUAUCCUUGCAUCGUUUUUCUUCUUUUUCAAACAGGUUAUCAACCAAAAGACAUGUACACUUAUGUAUCUUACGAAUUUCCAUAUCCGAGUGUAAGUAUUUAAAACACCAACCGCUAUCCGGCAUAAAGAAGUAACGAGCUAUUUUCUUUCUAGUUCCCCGUAAGUUAUGAGAUGAAACGACAUCCAGAAGUAAUCAUAACGUGUGAUGGUUAUUCAGACAACUUUGUUAGCGGUACAUGCGCAUGCGCGGCAAAUUAGUUUUAGUGGGACCUUUUUCUUUCCUUAUAAGGUGUCAGCAAAAUCAUUCAGCUUUUAGAAAUCUUACUGCAAUGCAAUCAGCUCGGCUGGCCGUCCCUGCCGGGCUGUGUUAACGGCUAAUUGAUAUGUUGUGUUACCAGGCGGAUGAACCACAGACAGGCAGAACACAAACUGUUAAGCACUCGAUAAAUCCAGGUAAGCUAUGAAAAUUGAUUAUUCACCUCGUCAGCUGGAAUCAAGAUAUUUUACAUAAGAACUAAAGAGUUUGCUCGAGAAAUUUUGUCCUCUUCGUUUAUUUCUUUGUAGAAUACAAUGAAGUUUUUAAAGUUAACAUAGAUAGGAAAAAUCGAUCGUUAGGACGCAUAUUCAAGAGGCAGCCAGUCAAAUUUGAGGUGAAAUAUGAAAGGUAAGUAUUUGUAGUGUUGUACUGUAUAUGCUACAGGUCAAAUUUGAUUUCAGGUUAAAUUCUUCUCGUUCCCUUUGUCUCUUAGGGCUAGGAGACAAAGGAAUUGAGAAUCAACCUAAGUUAAAUCAAAUUUAACCUGAAAUCAAAUUUGACCUGUAACACAUACAAUAAAUCUCGUAAGUUAACUUGUCAAAACUCCAUGCCACCUGUAAGAACGUCAUGGGAAACAUUUUUUGCUUUUACACUUUAAAUAUUAUAUAUUCAGUUGAGAGAAGCAACGAACUGUUCUUUGAAAAAAAACUGAAAGAAAACGAACAAAACAUUGUUUUGAAAGCUGUUUAGUAAGUUCACACUGACUCCAAAGCUCUCGAUAACGACCGCAAGAAUGUGCUGCUCGAUAUUCUGAAGGAUGUUCAUGAUACCGACACAGAAUUAAUAGAAACCGCUCUACACAGCAUGAUAAACAGUACCAGCGAACUUUUUCUUUUUUCUAUACUUAUUUAAGUAUUGUUAGGACAGUCUCAGAUACAGCUAUUUCGAGAAAGGUUGUCGGAAAAAUGUGCACGCGACAAUCCCGAAAUGUAAUAUGGGAUAUGAUCAAUACACUGUUCCUGACACUUUAGCUGUCGAACCCACAUUUGUUGCUUUCCUUUAGCACUCACAAACAUACGUCCACGGCCUCUUGAGCCACUUUUUCAAAUUUCUUUGAAGAACAGUGAACUUCAAAACCACCCACAAUACCUUUCGGGAUUGUCGCGUGCACUUUUUCCGACAACCUUUUUCAAAAUAUCUGUAUACAAAACCUCUCUCAUCUAUCUUGUCAUAUUGAACGUCACAGCAGGUAUUCACUGCUCAAUAGCUGGUAUUUAAAUGUUCAUAGCUAAGGAUGUCUACAAACAAAGGUUAUAGCGACAUUACACCACACAGUAGUAGUACUUAGAAGGCUUUCCAUUAGUUCAAUCAAGAACUCCAGUCAAUAGAGGGUGUACCCUGAGCCAGAUCAUUGGCUGACAAAGCAAUAGAGUUAGAGUUGUUGUUGAUGGUAAAGGAAGACGGAGAUGCUGUUGUUGUUAUUUUUCCAGGGGAUUCCUAAAAGGUGACAAGGCCUUAGGACAAGUACAGGUCAAGCUGAGCUCUUUCGAGAACAAGUGUGAAAUCCAUGACUGCCUAGAUGUAAGGAGCGUUCUCUAAUUUUUAAAAGCAAACCUUUAACUUUUUCUGGUGUUGACUACUUUUGAGCACAUAGUAUUUCAGCUUAAAGUCUGCUCACAAAAAAACUUAUCACCUACUUAACGUCGCUACUGCGGUUUUGUGAUAAUUCACAAAGGAAAUUGGUAAACUGGUAUGUUAAAAGAAUGAAAAUGGCUUGCUCUCAAAGGUUUCACGUUCACCUUAGUCAUUUCUCACAUGUUGCCCUGCUGUCUCCCCAGUUAACUACCCAACUUCCUGUUUCUUGCCCUGAAAGCCCCUCUCAAAAUUAUCUUUCGUAAAACCAUAAGCGGUGUAUCGCACAGCAAACCUUUUUGGUCAAUGGUUUAACUUUGUAAAUCGGGCAUAAUUAUUGUAAAAUCAUCAUAUGUGUAAGUGGGAUAUGUUUGAACAGGGAACGAAAGUGUAAUUCUCAUUGGUAUAAGGGCAGGACAGUUGUAUAAGUGUUCUAACUCCGGUGGAACUUAAAUGAAGUUGGGUUGCUUUGCAUUUAGCUUAUGGACACUGAUCGCGGACGCAAAGCAGUUGGAGGAAAAGAACCACUUGAAAAGACGUGAAAGUUCAUAUUUAUUUAUUUUUAUUUAUUUUAUUUGAAUCAAAAAAAUAUAGAGAACCACUUGUGGAAAAAGACGAGGUUAAAACUAUGAGCUUGAAAAAAGAGGAAAUGGCUAAGUGAUUGAUGUUUUCAUCUUACUUUCAGUUUUUCUUAAAAGAGGAGAGGGAUUGAGAGUUGAUGAUCUUGUUGUCAAGUGAAUUAAAAACUUAGGCCCUUUGAAAAAAGGGCGAGAACUCUAAAAUACGGGUUGGUUUUCUUGUAUUGUAAGAGUGGAAAUUCCUUUGAGAGAAAUCUUUCUUUGAUGAAUGAAUUUUUGCAAGAAUACAUAAAUUGGCCCAGUUGAAGCAAAUGGAUAUCAUUAAAUUGCAUUAAAAUGUGAUUUAAAUUCCUCAAUUUCGAUGUUAGCAGAAACAAAUAGUUGAAACAAAUACAACAAGAGAAAACAUGAUGUAUUGGUGUUAUUAAUUGUGUGGUGAGUGUUAGAACGUACUUCCGAGACAAUGAAACAUUUUAAAACUCGAACUGAGACAACCUUGUACUGGGCAUCCAGCUACGCGUUAUGGCGUUAACCUUUUUGUUUAUCGUAAUAACAAAGAUUAGCUGUAAAAUGCCGGAUCGGUCGGCCACUUAAAUGCUCCACUCUCGUACGAAUGCGUCAUCACUUUCUCUUCAGCAACUAGCUCGUUUAUCUGCCGUGACGCGUCAAACUUGAUUGCGAGAAGCAAUUUGUUUUUGCAGGUUUAGGGUACAGUUCAUGGUCUCCGCUAUGAACUGAAUAUUAUGGUAGCUGCACUCCUGUCAUUACAUUUGAUCAUUUUUUUUCUCUCUCUUUUAUUGUAUUUACAGACAGCUACUGUACCCAGGGUAGGUAUCUGAUCUCUAGCAGAUUAAUGCAUGCUCAAGGUCUUAAGAAACUCCCACAAGCCUGCCGCACAGUGGCUUCACCUGGCUAUUUGACAUCUAACUUUUCUUGGAAAAAUUGAGAAAAAGAAAACGGUGCGCUGUGAGCUGCAAUCACAUGUAUCUAGCGCCUUUUUUUGUCCUUGACUAUUUCUAUGAUAGUCGUACGAUUGUCCUCUGUAAUGCCUGUGUUUCUUAGGUAUAUCUAAAUUUUUAAAUCGAUGUCAGUGAAUUUCCUGUGCAAACCCGCGCAGUUUUAAACGCCAUGAGAUGGACCUUGUUAUGAGUGUAAUUAAUCCUUUCUUUAAUGUCUUUGUCUUGUUUUAGGAACCUGUGAAAGUAUCACCAAAGCCUGGCAAAGUUACAAGAGGACCAGAGUAAGUAGCUACUUUACAUAACGUUUUUUAAGCUAAUAGUCACCGAAGAAUGAGCCGUGUGUCAAAACUGCAGGGUUAAAGACAUUGAAAAGUAAAAAGAAAAGAAACUGAAAAAACGAAAACAAUCCAAGAACACAAAAGACAAGAUAUGUUGGCAAAUUACCUUGCGUGUUUGAUUUUCGCUCUAAAAUUUCCACCAAAAAGGCAAUUUUCCCUUAGUUAAUUCUGGCUUUAUUGAUAUUUCAACUACUUUACUGGCUGUGGCGGGUUCCUUUGUUUUCUUAUUAUCGGCUUUGUAAGCAAUGACAGUGCUUCUUCCGGAUCCAUUUUCUCAAUCGUCCCAAUCUUUCCCAAAAUCAAGGUGAUCGAGUUGAUCAGGAGGAUUACAUCAGGCUUUACUGUGACCUCCAACUCACUACCUUAUAUGGUAACCAGGUUGUAUCGUGACCUACCAUUCACUGCCUUAUAUGGUAACCAGGCUUUACGGUGACCUCUAACUCACUACCUUAUAUGGUAACCAGGUUGUAUCGUGACCUACCAUUCACUGCCUUAUAUGGUAACCAGGCUUUACGGUGACCUCUAACUCACUACCUUAUAUGGUAACCAGGUUGUAUCGUGACCUACCACUCAAUUCCUUAUAUGGUAACCAGGCUUUGUUGUGACCCUACCGCUUACUAUUUUAUAUGGUAACCAGGCUUUUGUGUGAUGGCUUCCACUCAUUGCCUUAUAUGAUAAUAGGGCUUUACUGUGACUUAUCAAUCACUGAGUGCCUGAUAUGGUAACCGGGCCUUGGUGUGACCUUUUCCUGAUAUGAGCAUCACACGCCAUAUUGAUAUGAAUUGUCCUUCUCUAUUGGUUUUCGAAACUGAAAUACCCAUUCUACAUAGCCAAGACAGUACCAAGCAAGUAAAACUCCACGGGGGCACUGUGUUAUAUAUACAUUACAUUGUCAGUGCUUCGUCUAUCCACUUUUUCCGUUCCAUUUUCGGGUUUGUUUAGGAUUGAAUUGACUGACGUGUGAUAUAUCUGGCGAGUAAAACAAUUAGUUCAGGUUUAUUUAAAAUUCUGUCCUAUCAAUGUUAUAACGCUUGUUUGCCGGCACUGCUUUUACCUUUUGAACCUGAUGAAAGCUGUUUGUUUUUGUUAAGUUUUGUAUUUUGGGGACAAACUUUAUUGCGCUAUCAAUUCUGACAAUAAAAUUAAAGCAACCGGAAAUUGAUUUUUUUUUUUUUGCUGCCUAGGAUGCUCUAGCUAAACCGUUAAAUCCUGUUUUGCUUGGUACUAAAUGAAAGGCCUUUCCUGUGGUACUCGAUCCAUUGUUUUGGAUAUGGUACAGUUUGUAGCUUUAAUUUGAUAUCUUUUUGUGCAGCCUAAUAAACGUUGCUUGAGUAUUGCACACACUCAAAAGUUAGAAUCAUCUUGUACUGCAUGAUGGAUAGUGCUAAGAUAUAAAACCGUUUUAUUAGCUUUGGAUAUAUUAUUUAUUAUAUGAUUCAUUUAAAACUCACAAAACCAGGUGUAAUUCCAAUAUGGAAAGAGCGAAAUGUAAGUUCCUUCUCCUCGUGACAGUACAAGUCAGUUCUCUCACUUUCCUGUGCACUUACUGGUUUUGAGAGUGAUAAUUCAGUCCUUUUGAUUUCCUUUUAUUUCACUCGAUUCAUUUUUCUCCUCUUCUUCUCUUUCGUUCUUAGCGCCAAAUCAUCUGUUUGUUCUGUCACGUGACCAGUUAGUGGCCAAUAGGAUGAAGGAAUGAAGAUCAUCAGACUGAGAAGUGAAAUCAUAGCUUUCUAAAUGAACAUAAAACAUGAAUAUAGCGUGCAAAAUAAUCAGCACUUUGAUGGUCACACUAUUAUAUGAACCGUUAUGUGUCUUUCUUUCGUUCAUGAAAAGUCCUCAUAUUGCCAAAGACUUACACAAAUUACAGGCUUGUAAAAGGUGUCAUCUAGGAGGCCAAGAAAUAUUUGGCUAUAUUUCCAUUAUCUUGGGACCACUGAAUGAUAGAAGAAAACAAGCUGUAAGAUUUGUAUAGAUUUUUUUUCAGUUUUUUGGCUUAUCAAUGAGGCGGUUUAAGAUACGUUUGUUUUGUCUUAAAACAAAUGUCAACCUGUAAAAGUAGGAUUGGUGCACGAAAAAGCCAUGAGCUGAUGGCGUUUUUAGAGAUUAUGAAUUGCAGCUGGUACUGCUUUUGUAGUUUUUGUAAAAUUGUAAAUAAUAGGCUGGUCCUUCGUUCCAUUUUCAAAUUGUAAUCGUGAACGGCUUGUUUGUGGUUUUGUCGGUUCGUGCUUUUUGUGUAAAUUAGAUUAUCUAUUAUGCAAAAGUGUCUUGACAAAAUGUCCCAAAAAUUCCAUUUUAAAAAGUGGUAAUAUAUGAUUUUAAUAAUUGAGACCACUCAGACUUAAAAUAUUGGCCUUCUUUAAUUUAAGUAGCUCUGGUCUCAAGAUCAUCUCGAAGCUCCUUGAGGAAACAAAAAUAUGUCAUUAUUAAACACCGUAGAGGUUCAGGUAUCAUACUUUAUUCAUGUAGUGGUAGAUUAUUAAAUGAAAUCUUUUUGUAGAGGAAUCAUUGUAAAUUUUUUAACAUUUUCCACGUUGACGAUGAAAAUAUUAAACUGGGUUCCUAAAUUUCCACGUUUGGAACUAGGAUUUGUUUCUUCACUCCAUCAUAUUCUUUAAAAAAUUUAAAGAACAAUUAAGUGUGUGUAUUGAUUUUAUUGAGUGCAUCAGCAGUGUGAUACUCAACCUUGAUGAUCACUGCUGGAAUUGUAGCUGUUGUCCCGCUGUUUUUAAGACUACGCUCCUCCGUUUUAGCCCAUGCAGGCAUCGAUCGGAUGAUCUUUGAGUGCCGCUUCAUCUUGUUAGGCCCCACUGCUCUUCCUCUAGAUAACCACUAGCCGUCUGACUUUUGUCUCUUUGUUUUUUACUAUCGUAUGAAUGCAUCUCGAAAUAGGCCCUUGCAGGCGCUGCCUGUCAAAUUAUCACUUUUCAUUUGCCAAAAAAGGGCAAACGAAAAAUGUCCCUUUCCCUUUUGAGUGACGUCUUGUUACAACAUUGAUUAGUUGUCUUGAGGGAAAGUGGGGAUGAAGCUUGACUUUGUCUGAACCAUAGGAUUAUCAGUAAGUCUUUUCUAGGGUAGUUAGCGAGGUGUUGGAAAAUCAGGCCCGAGUUGUGUUAAUUUAGGACAGCAUUAAUGAUUAUCCACCAGAUAAGUUUCUGUCCGGUAAAUAAGUAUGAUGGAAACCAGUUUAAUACUGAUUUAAUGAGUGGUUUUGAACAACUGGAGUCUGCUUGGUAUCGUAAAGUUUCUGGCCCUUCGGUCAUAUGUAAUUUUAGAAAAAUAUGAGGAGGAGCCUGGGCCUAACCCUCGUUAUAAAUACCAUACCAUAACAUAACAUACCAUACCGUACCGUACCAUACCGUACCGUACCAUACCAUUCCAUACCGUACCGUACCAUACCGUACCGUACCGUACCGUACCAUACCAUACCGUACCAUACCAUACCGUACCGUAUCGCACCGUACCAUAUCUUAUCCUCCACCCAACAACCAGGCCAAGCCAGUUAUUCGAAGGCCGGUUAGCGCUAACCCAGGGUUAAAUUAUAAUCCGGAUUUUAUUUUCUUUUAUUCAAAAGCAUCUUUUUCUUUUAGAGAAAAAGAAUUUCACUGAAUUUGCCUUUCAAGCCUUCAUAUCUGAUGUCAAAUUUCAUCAUAACCUCAACCCAGCUUUGAACAACCCGGCCCUCAGUGCUCCAGCUGUGGUGUGCGCGAAGGAGCAAACGCGGAUUAAACGGCGCGUUAUCCAGCUUUCUGUAAAUUCUACCAGUAGAGCUUAUCCAAGCCUAACCUUUAUCAAUAUUGUUUAACUUUUGUUUCUUUUCUUUGCUGUUAAUUCAGCACUCAGAUGGAAACUAUCAGUUUGGAAGUAUUAAAACUGGAGAAACAGAUGGCUGAAAAACAGGUAUCUUAAUAUUUUUGAAAGCUGAUUUAUGAUAUUCUUCGUUAAUAAUUGGUGAGACACAAGGACUACCCUGUCCUAUCAGUCAAAAUCAAUCCGUCAAUCAUUUAUUUUGUAUUAACAACUGCAUCGCUAAAAUGGAGGUUGGGUGCCUGAAGUAAAAGCCAGCCCCUUUGUUGCCCCCAUAAAACCAUGAGCCCCCCACACCAAAGGAAAGGAACAGGCAACACUGACAAACAUCAGUGGAGGAAAACCCAACAAGCCUAAAAAUGGGCGACAAACCCAUAUAACGCGCCAAGGAAUCAAUAUUUACCGGGCAUAUUUACCUACCUCUUAGUUGUUAACUCCUUUAAAUUGCAUUUAAAUUCAUAAAAUUCGUUUAUAAACGGAAUGUGUAUAACUAAAAUAUAUAAUAUUUACGUAUUUAUCUACCUAGAGUAUAUGUUGUCCUAUUUACAAACAAACCUAUCCAUAUCAAAGGCUGCACAAUACAAAAAUCAUAAAUAUUUCCAAAAAUUAUAUUUACGAAAUUUGUUUUUAAGAUUAAUUAUUUCUAUUCCAUCGCCAGAAGCUCUUCAAAAUAGAUUCCUCAUAGAAUUUCGAUAGACUGCGUUAAAACUGUGAAAGGUUUGAACCCAGGAGUCAUUUUAUUUGUAGGUUGAGUAUGAUCGUCCGAGGGUUGCAGUCCAAUACACUCGCACUGUAACGGUCCGUAUUAUUCAUGUUACGAUCCCUACGCAUCGUAUGAACUGAAAAAAACUUCAUACAGCCUGUAAAGGGGGGGUUACCGUCCGUAACUUGCAUCUCAUCAGUGGGGCUUAGAAUAUUUAUAUUAUUGGUUGUCUGACAAUUUAGCCGUGAUUUUAUUGGCUAUGAACACUCAUAAUGUCAUUGGUGCGUUUCGAUCCGUCUAUUGUAAACAGUCGUUUAUUGUUAGUCAAAUUGUCGGUUGUCCAGUCAUUCUCUAGUAGUUAGUUUUGCUUGAGUCCUUCAAAAUAAGUCGUUUGUACGGUGCCGGUAACUGUUGACUACAGCGCGGACUUUGUUCUACGAAACAUUCACAGUGAGCUUUGUAUGGCUAUAUUGAUGUCGAUACUAGUUUUGUUAAGAGUUUAAGUCACGGUCUUACUUGACGAUCCCAAUCUAGUGAUACAAAGUACUUGGAAACGCCCUUUUGUAAAUCAGUUACUUAUUAAUCCUUGUGACUUUCUCAACAUCAAGAUUUUUAAGACCAGAAUGACUUAUGUUAGCAAAUGUUUUUGACCCCGGUAAACCGUGUUCAUAGAGACUACCAGCCUACUUACAUCGGUGAAACCGGCAGAAACGUUAGUGCGCGACUGACUGAACACAAACGAGCGACAAAAAUGGUGACGUCAACAACACAUCACUGAACACCUUUUACACACGAAACGUCAAAUCGACUGGGAUUCUGCCACAUGUAUUACGUAUUCUACAGACUACUAUCAAUGACUCACUUUAGAAAGUUGGUUUACUAACUUUGAAUAAAGGCCACUGAAUCAUGGUCAACAGUUACCGGCACCGUACAAACGACUUAUUGACUACGAGAUAAUGCCUGGACAACCGACAAUUUUACUAACAAUAAACGACUGUUAAACUGUGAAAAUAGACUGAUCGAAAAGCACCAAUGACAUUACGAGUCUUCAUAGCCAAUAACGUCACGGCUAAACUGACAGACGACCAAUAACAUCGCGACUUAAUUUACCAAUCAGAUCAAUAACCCGAGUAUAAUACCAUCAACUGACGUGAUACAACUCACUUUGACUCUGAAGAUGACUACCGCACAGGUUGUCGAAACGUCAGUUACUGUCAACAACAACAGUCCUAUUCAGGACUACGUUCACCCGGACGAUCAUACUCAACCUACGUAGAUUGCGUUAGUUGUUCACAAGACCUUAUAAAAUUUGGUCUAAACCGAGUUCUUGUAAAUGGUAUUGUGAAGAAACUAUAGAAAAAAAUCCUCGUUUGUUUGAAGUGACAUUUUGUUCCUGACGUAAGCAGAAGUAAAGUUUGUUUUUGAUCAUAAUCCUUUACUGACGUAUAACGUCUGGACUUUGACCUUUUUGUUCCAUCAAUUGUAAGGGGACGCAGAAAAUACCACACUGCUGUUGGAAAAAAAUUAGGGGACGUAUCACACCCUGAUAUUGUGGCCGGCCGGUCGGUCAGGCUGUUCACAAAAUCAACGGUGGGGGAGGGUGAGUUCACAGAUGAUCUGGGUCUUCAUUGUUGACGUCCCUGCUGUAAAGUAGACUCUUUGUUGUUUGCUUAUUCAUCUUUUUAUGGGAUAACCAAGUUUAUUUAAAUGUUGUUGUUGUUUUUGUUUUCAUUGUGUAUAGAUAGCUGUUCAAAAGUCCAAAGGUGAAGUUCCCUCUCCAGCCCUCCUACAACGCUGUAAACUGUGCCAGCAGAAGAUAGUCGAGGUGGAGAAAACUUUGUCAGGCGCUGACAGAAAUGUGUUGCUGAGUUAGUAAAACCUUGUUAGUGUUUAUAUCAACUGAACUGAUAAAACGCGGGAAGGACUAUGGCAAAGUGAUCAAAAUCCUGCCGCUCUUUCUCUGUAGCCAGACGUGUCUCUCGCUAUGUAUUUUUGCGCAAAGGACGGUAGGAAGAUGAAUGUUGUCCACCCCCCUCCCAUGAUGACUUGCUAUGUUCAAACUGAUUGCCUAAUAACUUUACUGAUGGCCGGACAGGAUCACCGGGGUACUCCAGUAACUUUGAGCUGCAUUUGAUAAUCAAAUGAUCUUUAAAACUAAUGAGCUCAUCUUUUAUUACCUCUAGAUUAUAUUCACCAACUUCAAAAUAAAAUUCCUCAAGAGCAUACUAAAGCCCAAUUAGCACUCAGAUCUGGAAAUAAAAGUGAGGCCCAGCUUUGCUUAACCAAGAGGAAGUUAAUGGAAAACGAGGUAAAAUUCGUUGAUUGCAAGAAUUGACUUUGACAACUUUCGUUCAUAUGGAAGAAUUUUAGAUGAUUCGUUUUCGGACUUUGGUCACAGUCGCAGUCAACCCUUACCUUUAUUUUGGGAAACGCGGAAGUCAGUGGCGGGUAAACUUUCAUGGAAGAAAAAUAUCAUUGGUAACCUGUAUGUUUAUAGUGCAAUAAUUUAAGUUCCCAAUUCUCUACGAUGAUCGCAAACGGCAGGUUCUUUUGACAGAUAAUCGCUAUGAUCGUUAUGUUUUCUCUAUUUUUCAGGUUUCAUCUAUCAAGUCGCAACUUGGGAUACGCUAGGAUUUUCUGACUAUUACUAAAUUUGCUACAAAACUUUAAUUCCUCGGUUUCGUUCUUCCUCGGGCUGUCAAAAUUUCCUAGACCGCGCCGGGUGCAGACUACUGACACUAGAGACAGUAAACAAUUGAAUCGCAAUCAAGUUUGUAUCGGCUGUCACCUGACUCGUCCCCAGUCUAUUUGGAUGUGCGAAUUGCAGGCGAAUGACGGAACGCGUAGUCCUGCGUAGCUGGCGGUUUUGUUUGUCGAGCAGGAAUGGGGCUGAAACAACGAGAAGCCUUUUUGGGUAGUCCAUUCGCCGGUGGCGUACGGACCAUUUUAAUUGGAUUCUAAAUACGUAAAUCAUACAUUUUGCUAAUUUCCCAAGGGGGAAACUCAAAGGGACUGACGCUGGGUAACCGUG